GAGCUCCAGGCCGCGUCCGCGAGCUCCACAGGACCACAGCCAGACCACCACCACCCGUCCAAGGCCACCGCCUUCAGAAGCCUCGCCGCGUCCGAGCCCGCCUCUUCGACCACUGCGGCGCCAAUGGAAGACCGCGUCUACCCCGCCGCCAAGCCCAACCCGCCUCCGGCAGCGGCGGCCAACGGCGGAGGUGCACCGGCGUCGUUCCCGGCUCCCAAGCCGCAGAUGUACCAGCGCCCCAUCUAUCGGCCGCAGGCCCCCGCCAAGCGCCGGCGCGGGCGGUCCUGCCGGUGCAGCUUCUGCUGCUGCUUCUGCUGGGCGCUGCUGGCGGUCAUCCUCCUCGCGGUCCUCGCCGCCGUGGCUGGGGGCGCCUUCUACCUGCUCUACCGCCCGCACCGCCCGUCCUUCACCGUAUCCUCCGUCCGCCUCACCGCGAUCAACCUCACCGAUUCUGCCACCGCGCCCGUCCUCACCGACUCCAUCACCCUCACCGUCACCGCCAAGAACCCCAACAAGAAGAUCGUCUACUUGUACGACGACUUCUCCCUCUCCGCCGCCACGGCCGCCAACGGCGUUCCGCUCGGGGACGCCACCGUGCCGGGGUUCACGCACCAGGCCGGGAACACCACCGUCUUCACCGCCACCAUCGCUGCCAACGGCGUCACCGUCGACCCCAGCGGCGCCAGCUCCGAUAUCAAGAAGUCUAGUGGGUUCAAUGUCGUCCUCGACGGCGAGACGCGCGCCGGGGUCAGGGUCGGCAGCCUCAAGACAAAGAAGAUUGGCAUCCAGGUGCACUGUGAGGGCAUCAAGGUCACUCCCCCACCCCCGCCCCCGCCGGCGCCAAAGAAGGUCAAGGGGAAGAACAGCACUGUCCUUGCUCCUGCUCCGGCGCCGUCGGUCGCCGACACGACGACGGCGACAGUGAGCACCGCCGCGCACUCGUGCAAGGUCAGAGUCCGUGUCAAGAUCUGGAAAUGGACUUUCUAGGUAUAAAAACGGAAACCGUAGGGGCUGGUCUGCAAAUUUUCUAGUAAAGUUUUUCGCUUUAUACGAUUAUAAUUUACUAUAUUGGAGUAGUAGGGAGCAUGCGCGCGUCGCGUCGGUGUAAAUUCUCUCAGACAUUUCUUUAUUUUUAUUUUUUCAGCUUUUCGUGAAACAUUUUUCUGUCUUUAAUUAAUAAUUAGUGGAUGUAUAAUUUGGUGA